AACGCCGCACUUUUUCUUCACUUUAGUAUUAUUACUUUUGAGACGAGAUAUCAUGUUUAGCUAUGACAUGAGCUAACAAGGGUUCCUCUAGUGAUUCUGUAUUGGGGAUGAUUGUUAGCGAUUGUGUUUUUUUCUCCAUGUUUUGUGAAUUCAAUUUCUUCCAAUGUUAAGAUUUUGCCUAGAGUAUUACUAGUUUUAUAGGUUGUUGAUAAUGAAACAAAACUAUAUUAUCGAUGGUUAGUUAUUUCUUAAAUAACUUGUGUUUUUACAGUAGGAAGUUUUUACAGUAGGAUGGAUUAAAUGAGAAGAACUACAGUUGCUGUGUUCAAAAUUACAUGAGUACUGAAAGGAUAAUUAAAAUCUAAGGCUAGUUUCUUGAUUUAUGUCGGAAAACUACUGUUGUAAUUAAUAAGCUAUAAUGCUAACUUCCUUGUACAUUGGUGUGUAAGUAUACGAGGAUAUGUCUGUGGCUAGGUAGUUAAUAGCGGCAGAUAGUGCCGCGAUCGCGCUGGAUUAGAGCGAAGCGGCAGCAGUCUGUGACAGCGAAAGCAGGUGGGCGCAGAUUACGGGUGCGCCCACACAGAAGAGAUCGUGCUUGGAUGUAGCAGAGCGCAUCACGUUUUUUGUCGUGUUCUCUUCCGUGACAUUGAAGACAAGAGGAAAACUCCCAUUUACCCUUAAAAUUCCUUAAAAUUUAAAACAUGAGAGGGGUAUUUAGGGCUUUUCGCACUCGAACCCUAGUCUUAUUCUCUUCUCCACGUUCGAUGAUAACAUUUCUCUCCCUUCUCUCCCCUCUUCUACGAGCUUCCUUCUCUGCGUCCACAAGCUAUCAUCUUUCCUUCUGUGCUGAAGCGAAGAGUUGUUCGAUGGCAAACGAUACUUCUAGUUCGGAUUCCCAUCAUAAACGUCUUGGUCUUUUAAAAGAUCAAGUUCAUUUGGUUAAAAGGAAAGACUGUAAUCGCUAUGAGAUUGCUUCAAUACAAGAUCAUCUAUCAUUUGAGAAGGGGUUUUUUAUAGUAAUUCGCGCAUGCCAAUUGUUAGCCCAAAAGAAUGAUGGAAUAAUAUUGGUUGGGGUGGCAGGACCUUCAGGAGCAGGAAAGACUAUAUUUACUGAAAAGAUACUCAACUUCAUGCCCAGCAUUGCUGUCAUUUCAAUGGAUAAUUACAAUGAUGCUAGUCGAAUUGUUGAUGGAAACUUUGAUGAUCCACGCUUGACUGACUAUGACACAUUGCUCCAGAAUUUACAUGAUUUAAAGGAAGGAAAGACAGUCCAGGUUCCGAUAUAUGAUUUCAAGUCCAGCUCACGUAUAGGAUACAGGACUGUAGAAUCCCCGAGCUCCCGUAUUGUGAUUAUAGAGGGUAUCUAUGCCUUGAGUGAGAAGUUGCGGACUUUGCUGGACCUUCGAGUUUCUGUAACAGGUGGAGUUCACCUUGACCUUGUAAAGCGAGUGAUACGUGACAUACAACGUGCAGGCCAAGAACCUGAAGAAAUUAUUCAUCAAAUAUCUGAGACGGUAUAUCCAAUGUACAAGGCUUUUAUUGAGCCUGAUCUUAAGACGGCACAUAUAAAAAUCAGUAACAAAUUUAAUCCAUUUACUGGAUUCCAGAGCCCUACUUACAUAUUAAAGUCAGCAAGAAAUGUAGCAGUUGAUAAAAUUAAAGCUCUUCUCUCUGAUGAUUUUAAGGAAACAACCGAGCAAACUUAUGAUAUAUAUCUUCUACCUCCCGGUGAAGAUCCAGAAACUUGCCAAUCAUAUUUAAGGAUGCGAAACAAGGAUGGGAAAUACAGUCUCAUGUUUGAGGAAUGGGUGACAGACAGUCCCUUUGUCAUAUCACCAAGAAUUACUUUUGAGGUCAGUGUACGCCUCCUUGGUGGACUAAUGGCCUUGGGAUAUACGAUAGCUACUAUCCUCAAGAGAAACAGCCAUGUCUUAUCUGAUGAUAGGGUUUGUGUGAAACUAGAUUGGCUUGAGCAACUUAAUCGACAUUAUGUUCAGGUACAAGGGAGAGAUCGCUCAAUUUUGAAAGACAUUGGAGAUCAGUUGGGUCUCGAAGGUUCCUACAUUCCUCGUACAUACAUUGAGCAAAUUCAACUUGAAAGGCUUGUGAAUGAGGUUAUGGCCCUACCAGAAGAUUUGAAGACAAAACUCAGCCUGGAUGAGGAUUUGGUUUCAAGCCCCAAAGAAGCACUUUCUAGAGCCUCUGCUGACAGGAUUGCCAUGAGAAAUAAGAAUAUGACGAGAGGAUUGUCACAGUCAUAUACAAACCAAAGGGACAAAAAUGCAGCCAAAGUUAAUGGAUAUUUUACCAACAAUCGAAGGUUUGGUGAAAGAAGUUCAGAUUCUUCGACAACAGAAGUAAAUCAGGGAGCCAUUAGUCAGCUUUCAGAACAGAUUUCUGCCCUCAAUGAUAGAAUGGAUGAAUUUACAAUUCGUAUUGAAGAGCUUAAUUGCAAGCUAACCAUUAAAAAUAAUUCUCCAAGCCAACAAAAUCUGUCAGCUCAAGCUGAAGCUUGCAAUGGUUCUGCUCCUACGUCUUACUUCAUCAACAGUUUGGGCAAUGGUAGCAUAACUGGUUCCAAGAUGCAACAUUCCUCGUCUUCAUCGCAAUUAAAUAAGGAUUCUCCCUUAACGGAUGAGAUAUCAGGCAUUGCACGUGGCCAGCGUCAGAUUAUGCAUCAAAUGGACAAUCUUAAUAAUCUUCUCCGGGGUAGCUUAGUGGAGAAGUCUCAGCAAACAAGAACCAACCAGAAAAGCAUAAAUACAGAUUCAAAUUCCAAUACAGCUAGUGUUAUAGUGGUAGUAGCAGUUGGUUGUUUGGGGAUCUUCUUGAUGAAAGGUUUUUGGACCAGAAAGUGAUUCCAGACAUGCAAAUGACAAUUUUCCUUCUCUGUGACAACCCUUCUGGAAGGAAAGGAGUUGAAGCAUUCAUUUAAAAGACAGAAAAUGGAGACAAUUUUUUUUGGAUCAGUGAAAGGGUUAUACCCACUUGAAAUUUUGCAACUUAUGGGCUUUGUUAGCACAGUUUUAAGGCAUUUUUAACCUUCAAUUGUCUAGAAAUAGUCUUUUUUUAGAAUCUUGAUCA